CAUCUCACCUGCUUGGUGGAGAAGAAAAGAAAAACAAAACACAAAGAAGGAAGCAGUGAAUGCGAAAAGGAGAAAAGCAGAGCCAGUCCAACUAGAAGCAAAUGAGAGAAGUACAAAAGGGUACUGCUAAAAAUAUCCAUCACUACAAAGAUUUUUCUCUCUUGUUUUCUGUCAUUUCUCUUAUUCUUUCUGUCGUGCUCUGGAUACCUGGAUGGAGGGAUUAAAAAUGACUUAAAUUUCAAUCAACUGUGGCAGGGAGAAAGAAAGAGGGAUGAAAAAAGAGGGGUUUGUCCUCUGAAGAGAUUCAGUGUUGCACAGCUGGUAAGAGCGAGAGUGUUGAACGGAGUGAGAGAGAAAUACAGAGAGGGAGGGAAGAGGACCGGAGUCCGAAAGAGAGAGAAAAAGGGUCUUGGUUCUCUUUUGAGAAAAUGAGGAGUCGGAUCGCUGUUUCUUGCAGGACUACCUGACUGAAAACGCUGGAAAAUCAGGAGCAUCAACACAUCUUUCAGCCCUCCCUCAUUUCCUUCAUCCCUCCCUCUUUUUCUAUCUAAGCAUGGAAAGAUGUUCUGCUGUAAGGCAUAAAGGCCACGGAAGUAUAGCAGCUCACUGGAAUUGUAUGCUGAAAGAAGAAUGGAACAAACAACUGAAAAGAUGAAUACAUGAAAAUCACAAAGUCAGUCGGAGGAGCACACAGAUAAGACACAGACCUGGAAUAAAGGAAUAAAAGGAGACAGAAAGAGAGAAUGAGCAAGAGAAAGGUGUUGGAAGGCUAAAAACAGCACAUGAACAUUCAUGGCCACUGGGUGAAAAAAGCGUAGAGGGUUGAGUUUUGAAAAUCCUGGAAAAUCAAGAAAUCAGCUGGAUAGAAAAAAAGUGGGAGAACACGCUGUGAGAAUUUUAAAAUGUUUUCAGUGGAAACAUGAAACAACUGAAAGGCCCUAAUGCCAAAAUGUUUUGUAGUAGGAGCGCUUUAAAAAAGGAAGACAAUAUCUUGGUAUUUUCUACAAGUCAAACUGGAGGAGAUACAAGUGGAACUGAGAGUCUGACUCAAGCUGAAUCCUCAUGUUUCAAGAGUGUGUGUGUGGAAACGGGAUAGACACACAAACAUACACACACCUGUGUCUGGAUAAACACACAUCCCUGGAGCCAACACACACGCACGCACGCACACACACACAGACAAACACCUGGAAAUGAGCUGCUAAUCGUGACCUAGGAUCAGCACAGACAAGAGAGGUCUGUGGAUCACUCCCUUAUUACCAUGAAAGACUCCCCACCCCUUCAGCCAUUCAAAAAAUCACACCUGUCUAUCAUUUUAUGCCAUCCUCAUAGUAACACACACUCCCCCUCUUUCCCCUCUCACCCGUCCGUUCAUCUCGAACAGAAUACACUGAAGCCCUCAGACAUAUCCAGUCAACCUUCAGCUCCACUGUGGCCAAAGUUCACCAGCAGAUACUCACCCCAAGACACAUUCUCACCAAUACUGACAUUGCAUUUACUGCACUGGCUUACACUGGCCUGCUUGCUGCCUGCUCUUAUCUGCCCGAUUCCAGGAGCAGUGGCUGGCGAGACGUGGGGCGUGGUGUCAGCGUGCCCCUUCCACUGCGUGUGCAGGAAUCUCUCUGAGUCUCUAAGCACCCUCUGUGCUGACAAAGGCCUACUUUUUAUACCUCCAAACAUAGACCGCCGAACCGUUGAGCUUCGCCUCGCCGACAACUUCAUUCGAGAGGUAGGAGGAGUUGACUUUGCAAACAUGACGGGACUUGUGGAUUUGACACUAUCCCGAAACACCAUUAGCCACAUCCGGCCAAUGGCGUUUGCAGAUCUGGAAAGUCUACGCUCAUUGCACUUAGAUGGCAACCGACUGACUGAGCUGGGUCCGCGAGACUUAGUAGGCAUGCUAAACCUGCAGCAUCUCAUUCUAAACAAUAACCAACUCAUUAACAUCUCUUCUGAGGCCUUUGAUGACUUUCUCAUCACUCUAGAGGAUUUGGACUUAUCUUACAACAAUCUUCGCAAAGCACCCUGGGAUGCCAUCCAGAACAUGGCCAGCCUACAUACAUUAAACCUAGAUCAUAAUCUCAUUGACCAGAUUGAUGAGGGUUCAUUUAGCGAUCUCUACAAACUAGCCCGAUUGGAUAUGACUUCAAAUCGCCUACAGACUUUGCCACCUGAUCCAUUGUUUGCACGAUCACAGACAGGGGUAAUAAGCCCUACACCCUACAAUUCAGUAAUCAACUUGAAUUUUGGAGGUAACCCAUUACACUGUAACUGUGAAUUGCUAUGGUUGAGAAGACUAAUACGCAGUGAUGAUAUGGAGACUUGCGCUACACCCACUCAUUUAGCAGGACGUUACUUCUGGUCUAUUCCUGAGGAGGAAUUUGCCUGUGAGCCUCCACUUAUUACCCGACAUACACACAAACUCUGGGUGUUAGAGGGCCAAAGGGCAACACUCAAAUGUCGUGCAAUUGGUGAUCCAGAGCCAGUGGUGCACUGGGUCUCACCGGAUGACCGAAUCAUUGGCAAUUCCAGUCGUACCACAUUUUUUCGAAAUGGCACUCUUGACGUGCUUGUAACUGUUGCCCGUGAUGAUGGUACCUACACUUGCAUUGCCAUCAAUGCUGCAGGCGAGGCCACUGCCCUAGUUGACCUGAAAGUUAUCCCUAUCCCUCACCGUGGAAAUGGAACAAUAUUGUUAGCUCGUGACCCGGGAUCAUCGGACAUUACCAGAGGGAAGACCUCCAGUGGACAAAGCCCUGGCCCUACUAACACUGACCUUCAGGAGGGACGGGAAGAGGGUCAAACCGAGGUUGAGGGUAAGGUUAGUGAAGCGAGUGAGGAGCAGAUAGUAGGAGUGCAGGGAGUGACGUCCACUUCAGCGCAAGUGCGAUGGGCUAAGGGUCGUUUGACGGGAGCCAACCUGGUGUGGAUGUAUCAAAUACAGUAUAACUGCACUGUGGAUGAGACUCUAGUUUACAGGAUUUUGCCACCCACAAGUGACAGUUUCCUACUGAAAAACCUGGUCUCUGGCAUAGACUACAAUUUGUGUGUGCUAGCCAUUGUUGAUGACACAGUUACUUCUAUGGCUGCCACAAAGGUCAUUGGUUGCACGCAGUUUAGCACUAAGGACAAUUACCCUGACUGUCGUUCACUACAAACCCACUUCCUGGGCGGGACGCUAACCAUUUUGGUUGGUGGAGUUGUUGUUGUAACGCUAUUGGUGUUUACUGUGGCACUGAUGGUGCGCCACCGUGUGUGCAGUAACCAUGACAAUCAUCAUGAAAUAGGAGAUGAGGUGGGAUGCUCAGGACCAGCCUCCCCACCUCUUCCAGCUAAGGGAGCUGAUGUCAUCCCUCAGAGCAAUGGAAAUGGCAAUGUAAUGGUGUUGGUGUUGCCCAAUGGGCUUGUUCAAAAACAGAAAGUGUCAGAGGGAGGAUUGGGGUCGGCACCUAAACCAACUUCGAAAGUGAAACCCAAAAUCCUCCCAAAGCCCAGAGUGAAUCUUGAGCAGUUCAGGGUGGGAAUAGAAGCAGAGAAUAAGGGGUCAGAGAGGCUCCUUCCACCUUACACACCUAAGAAAGAAAAAAUGUCUUUGUAUUAUACCCCCAGUAUUCAUUCCCCCUCUACGUUGCCAUGUCUGUCACACCAGUCAGGAGCAACACAAAUUAAACUCCAGCCUACCAACAGGAACACGGGCAAAUGGGCCAGCUUAAGUUUUGCUCCACCCCCCACGUACAACUCACAACUCAGUAACAGGCGGUUCAGCACAGGAGGGGGCAUUGUGGUCCAUCGGGGAGGGACAGACAGCCAAUGGAAUUCCUCACUGGUCUAUCAGAGCCCUGUUUUACCAGGCGAGAGUUCUCCUCACAGUGCUCUGCGCUAUAAGAGAAGUUCAUCGUUUGAUAUGGGUGAAAUCGCCACCACAGCCUGCUAUAGUUACGCCAAGAGACUGAGCGUAAUUUGGACAAAACGGAGCCAGUCUUUACAUGGCAUGCUUGUCCAAUGCAGCUCAGCAACAAGCACCUCAACAACCAGCAGUGGCAGUGGAGAUUUCCAGGCACAACAUUCGCAAGGAUACAUCCGUGCCUACAACAAAACCAACUCAAAUUCCAAACCGCCAAUAGCAGAGAUUACAAAGAACCAGCGGUUGAAGGAUAAAGAUAAGGACAAGGGAGAAGAAAUGGAGGAGAGUGUGGUGUAGGAAGAGAGAGGAUAGGUGAGACAUACAAGUAGAUAAAUCGCAUGAGCGGUUGUAAGAAAUUCAAGAUGGAUAUAAAAGGGAUCACAGAGAGAUGGAGUUUGAAGGUGAGAUGGAAAAUUUGUAGGGAAAGCUUAGAGAGGGCUGAAAGUGUUGAAGAUCCCAUAGAAUGUUGAUUGGAGCAGUUGAUCGAUCGAUCGAGAGAGAGUGAGUGAGAGAGAGAGAGAAAACCAGGUAUCAAGAACAAAGUAAAACAAAACAAAACAAAGCUAGACUAGCUUUUCUGAUUCUUAAUAAUGGAAAAACAUAUUUUUUUUAAAUGCUGAGAGUCUGUCUGAACAAUACCAAGGCUUUAUAGCUAAAGACAAGCAGCAGUUGGUAACUCACAUGGGCUUGGGGAAAAUGUGGUGGAAUUUGAGUAUUGAUCAUUUCACUUGCCUGUUAAUUACAGGGACAGAGUCACGGCAAGCAGACAUGCCGAGUCAUGCACAAUCGAUUUUACGAGAUCAAUUGAUAAUGUCAGCAAUGGUAUUACAGCAAAUGUGGAAUGUACAGGAUGCAAACUGGAAUGUGGAAAUGUACAAUGGAACAAUGUAAAUGUGAUUUUGGACACAUUUAGAACUUUAAUGGGCAUUGACUGUGGUAUAAAAUUGAUAUUUUGUGUGUGAGAGUGAACGUGUGUCUAUGUAAGUGUUUGUGUGUAGGCGAGUGAGUCGAUUAAUGCACAAAGAAAUAAUCAUUUUAUGACAUCACUGGAUUUACUGUACCAUGUGACCACCAUCAUCCAGUAGGGUAAUGUUUUCUGGGAAGCUGAGAGACAAUGUUGGUGUAGGGUCACUGAACUAUUAAAGAAGGACAAAAUAACUAAAAACAAUAUAUCAUUCGAAAUAAUACAAUCUAUAAAUAAAUUAUGUUUUAA